CCGCUCUCGAGGCCGCCGCCGCCGCCGCUGCCGCCGCCGCCGUCGCCGCGCAGAGCCGGAGCAGGAGCCACGGCCGAGAGGAGGGAGGAGGAGGAGGAGGAGGUGGAGGAGGCGCCGGACCGCGGGGAUUGUCAGUAUUUAAAAAGACCACAUCAUGCGUGAGUACAAGCUAGUGGUCCUUGGUUCAGGAGGCGUGGGGAAGUCUGCUCUGACAGUUCAAUUUGUUCAGGGAAUUUUUGUUGAAAAAUAUGACCCAACGAUAGAAGAUUCCUACAGAAAGCAAGUUGAAGUAGACUGCCAACAGUGUAUGCUCGAAAUCCUGGAUACAGCAGGAACAGAGCAAUUUACAGCGAUGAGAGAUUUGUAUAUGAAGAAUGGCCAAGGGUUUGCACUAGUAUAUUCUAUUACAGCUCAGUCCACAUUUAAUGACUUACAAGACCUGAGGGAACAGAUUUUACGGGUUAAGGACACAGAAGAUGUUCCAAUGAUUUUGGUUGGUAAUAAAUGUGACCUGGAAGAUGAGCGAGUAGUUGGCAAAGAACAGGGUCAGAAUUUAGCAAGACAGUGGUGUAACUGUGCCUUUUUAGAAUCUUCUGCAAAGUCGAAGAUCAACGUUAAUGAGAUAUUUUAUGACCUGGUCAGACAGAUAAAUAGAAAAACACCAGUGGAAAAGAAGAAGCCUAAAAAGAAAUCAUGUCUGCUGCUUUAGACCCACAAUAAGCAGCAGCUCUGAGCCAGAUUACAGGAAUGAAGAACUGUUGCCUAAUUGGAAAGUGCCAGCAUUCCAGACUUCAAAAAAUAAAUCUGAAGAGGCUUCUCCUGUUUUAUAUAUUAUGUGAAGAGUUUAGAUCUUAUAUUGGUUUGCACAAGUUCCCUGGAGAAAAGAAUUGCUCUGUGUAUAUCUCUUGGAAAAUAAGACAAUAGUAUUUCUCCUUUGCAAUAGCAGUUAUAACAGAUGUGAAAAUAAAUAUACUUGACUCUAAUAUGAUUAUACAAAAGAGCAUGGAUGCAUUUCAAAUGUUAGAUAUUGCUACUAUAAUCAAAUGAUUUCAUAUUGACCUUUUUAUCAUGUUUCCUCCCUGUCAAGCACUAAAAAGUUGAACCAUUAUACUUUAUAUCUGUAAUGAUAUAGAUUAUGAAAAUUUCCCCUCAGACUCAUUGCAGCAGAUAACUUUUUUGAGUCAUUGACUUCAUUUUAUAUUUAAAAAAUUAUGAAAUAUCAUUCUGUCAUUAUAUUCUAAUUAAAAUUGUUUGUGCAUAAUGCUUUGGAAAAAUGGGUCUUUUAUAGAGAAAAAAACUGGGAUAACUGAUUUCUAUGGCUUUCAAAGCUAAAAUAUAUAAUAUACUAAACCACCUCUAAUAUUGCUUCUUGUGUUUUACUGUCAGAUUAAAUUACAGCUUUUAUGGAUGAUUAAAUUUUAGUACAUUUUCA